AUGGAUCCACCCGAAGCCGUUUUGCAGAGUGUUGCCAAUGGUCUGGGUGCGGAGAGGACUUUGAUGGCAAAUAACAAACCUACUAUGGACCCUAUAGACCAAUCUCAGCUCGCUGUGAGUAUGGAGAAGCAGGCUCAUCCUGACAAUCCACCAACAGAGGAGAUAGUACACAUUUAUACAGGCUUGAAUGCAGAGACAGUCGCAGAUAGUGAGGGCAGUUUGGAUACUAAGACAUCUGCUGGUGCCCAUGCUGGUUCAGAUGCGCACGUGACUAGGGUCAGUUCGGAUAACGCACUGACUACAAGUCGGCCAGUGGCUGGGUUGCAUAGUCUGAUCGGUAGUAGUUCAAGCGAACUGAGCAGAGCUUUAGCUAGUACAGCAUCUUGCGUGAUCUUGUCGGGACAAGAGGAUGCGAAUGGUAGUGCAGUGGCUACUGUUGGAUAUGCUGAACAUGCGUGCGAGGAAUGUCAGAGACUUAAAACGGAAUGCGAGAGGCUGAAGGUUGAGCAGACAGCUGUGUACGCCAAAUGUCUGCGCUUGCGCGCAAGGAUUGUGGAUACGGGCACCAUGUUGGGCGUGGUGGAUAAGCAGAAGGUUAAGAUCCGAACUCAGGCCGCUACGAUCAAGACUCAAGCCACCAAGCUAGAAAAGGCCAUGAAGGCCAAUCCACUGCUGGUGGAUCAGGUCAAGCUACACAAAAAGGAGAUCGAAGCGCAGAAGCGGAGCAAUACGGCACUGCUGGCUGUGAUCAAAGAAUACGAGGAGAAGAUGACCGGUCUGGAUGCGAAUACCGGAAAUGCCAGCAGUGAGCUGCAAACGAGGUGCAAUCAGUUGGAGGACACAAUCAAGCAGAAGGACGACGCCAUGCGCGCUAAGGAGGCCCACAUUCGCCAAUUAACAGCGGCGGCCACCGAUACAGAGAAUAUGGUCAAGAAGGAAUCCGUUCUUGGCGUUCGAAAAGAGCUAAAAGCGGCAAAGGAAGAAACAGCACGUCACAUGGCCGAUUUGAAUAAGGCACACAAAUUACAAGACAAAUCUGAGAAGGAAUUGGGCAAACUACGAGAGGAAAUAGUCAAACUGAAGGAGAAUGUGAAGGAAAUCAAGGAAGAGGCUCGUCAACACAAGGAAGAGCGUAAGGUGUUACUGCUGGAGAAGAAGAAAUUCGAGAAAGAGAAGGAGAAAGUUUCGUUUCACAAAUCUUUGCAAGAGGCUAAUUCAAAAUUGGAACGGGAAGUGAUCAAAUACCAGAGCGAUGCUAAUACUUUACGAGAGAAAUUGCGGCUUGCGAACGCGGCAGCGUUGGCAACGAGCGAGGGGCAAGAAACGUCAGCACAUGACAGUGGAAAAGUCGCUGCUAUGACUGAGACGCAUGCCGCAUUGAAAAGCAAAGUGGGCAAUCUGGAAACGACAAUUGCUGUAUUGACGGAAGAAAUCGAUCCCCACCAAGUGACCAUCGCUAAGAGUAUCGAGGAACGACAUAGUGCCGCCGCUGCGAAUGAAGAACUGCAAAGUCGGUACAAUGAGCUCAGCCAUGAAUUUAACGCCUUGGUAGAUCGUGACCCCGUUAGUACUGCCUCACGGGAUGGGCUAGUAGAUAGUGAUGGGCAUCGAAAGCCAGAUGUUCUCGCGUUGAAGAGAAUUAUUAUGGAGCUUGAAACUCAAUGCACACGAUUGACGGCGCAGGUAGCCGAGCUCAAAUACGAAGCGACUGGCAGCAAACAUCGAGGAGACGAGGUUGACAUGUGGCAGUUAGACAGAGGGGAUGUCAUGGUCAAUCCACCUCCCCCUGCGACGCAUCACACGCACGUCAAUAAGCAUAUCACCGACAGAGCUCAUAGCGAAAGUCACGGUGUUGAUUCUGAGCUGCUCGAUAUGGACCUCGAUCUACACAGGCACGCGCUGAGACAACCUCACCAGAGUAUCGGAAUAAUCGGUAGCGGACACGCGGACCCACAAUCUGGCGUGAAGUUGCAGGUUGAAAGCCCUAGUAGUGAUGAGAGUAAUAGAGCACACCACGUGACAUUGCUAUCCUCAAUCGCAGGGGCAUCUCCAUCCAAACACACGGAGAAAAUGACCCCAAAGGCUCCAACAAGCAUGCAAGAGUACCAUCACAUGCACCCUGAGCAUAUGCUCUCGCCCAUUUCACCGCUAGGAGCAGCCAUACUCCCGCUACACACCCCGGUGGCUGCACAACCUGUUCAGAGUCCCGCGCUGAAAGCGAAUUCAGGCCUGCAGACGCACACAAGCAUGCGCAGCCACGCCAGCAAGAACAAUAGUUUACAUCACCACGACACAUCGGGCGAUGGCGAUAAGCGUAUGCGCAGGGUUUCUUUUGCUACCGACGAUGGUUUAGAUCUAACAUCUGAGGAUGAGCUUAGUCACUCUGAAUCAAAUAUGGAUGCGGUAACUGCUUCUCGUACGCAGCCAAUGCCGGCGGACAACGACGCAUACACGGACGCGGAUGAUGGGCAAGUAGCUUGGACGACAGUCGCAAUUGAUCUGUCAUCGAAUCGGGGCGGCGCAGCUACUGUACUGGAUGCAGAGACGGAAAGGGUAGUGGGUGCAGAGAAGCACAUCCCCACCGCGUUCACAAAUCUGGACAACGGCAUUAGAAUGCACGAACCAUCGCCUUCAGUGCCUAUGUCGCACCACGAGUUUAAGCUGAGACACCCUUCUGUUGCGGUAGCUAUAUCACCAAUGCCGCCUAUGUGCGCUAGCCCCCGCAAGCCGCUCCGAGAAGAGAGUGUAAGGAUUUCGGGUGCUGUAAGUCUGCGAUCAGACACGCGCGUCCCUACGUCGCGAAAUGCAGACUCGCAGAACGUGUCAGUGAGGAUCCCGAAAGAGGCCGGAGUAAGAAAAUCCAAUUCGAAAGCAGCCCGAGGAAAGAGAACGAACAAAAGUAUCAAGGCCAAGGCGAUCAAAGCGGCCAUGGCGAAAGUAGUAGAAGAAGAGCAGGCGAUGAUGCUGUUGAAGAAGCAGCCCCAGGCAGAUACAACGAGUCAGCAGAAUCAUGCUAAUACAGUACUUAGUCGAAGUGUAGUAGAAGGCGUACAGCAUAUUCCGUUGUCGCACAAGCAAAUGGGUGCACACACAAUCGCCAUGAAUACUGAAGAUGGUACACACGCACACGCGAACGCAGACAACGUUCAACCUACCAGGCCAACUCCCAAACCACGCCCGGUGCCGAAACCAAGGCCGAAGGCUAUGGUACUACGACCGGUGGUAUUGACUGAGAAGCCUGUCCCUAAGCCACGUCCAAGACCAGCUGCAAGACCGCAAGAUGCAAUGUGUUCAACAUCGCUAGCCUACGGAAACAGCAAUACACAAAAGAGAAACGGUACAGAUUCACAGACCCAGCAGGCUGUGCAGGGAUCGUCAACAUCAGUUUACCCAGAUAUUCACACGCGCAAGCGUGAUGAGCCACGGACGCCGUCACGUGCUUCCAGUCAGAAGCAAGUAGUACCGUGGAGUGAAUCAGCUAAUUUAGAAACGGAAACAAUAACAACAUCAGUAGGGGAAACACCCCAAACAGAUAGUAAGGCACCUAAAACAUAUGGUGCGAAAUCGGCAUCUAGAGAAAAACAUGCACAAAUAAAUAGUACGUCGACUGCGCGUGCCGAUACGGAGUCGGGGACGCGUAGUCCGAAACAGGCAUCUGGUGUAUCGGUAGACAUGACUUACAAGGCGAGUACCAGCCAGAAUGCAACGCCAGCGCUUCUAUUACGUGAGCUGUCGCACCUUUCCGAUGAACACACUGUAGAUCAUAGCGGUGUGGGGAAGCCAGCAUCAGAGAACCACACAAGUGUGCAGGAGGAGUUGCCGUGUGGACGGGAACCCCAAAGCCCGCGUAUACAGCAGACUGAUCCAGCGACGCCUAUACCAGAACAUUCUGAAGCACAACAUGUACCAGGUAGUUCAAUGCCUGCUGUCUCGAGAGAUGCCGUAAUGAGCAGUCCAAGUCGUGCGAACCAAAAGCGCACGUACGAAGCGGCUGAGACCACACUCACAAGCUUCACAGCACUAACGAGUGCGAUGCCGCCCGCCAGUUUAUUGGAUAGGACAGAUGGGGAAAAGAAUAUUGGUGUCAGGCUGGCUGGAGAUGUAGAUGAGAUCGCUACAGAGGAUGUCGGUCAGAGGAGAAAUCCACGGAAACGUGCGAAGAGAGCUUUGGGACGCAGCGACUCACCGCAUGCGGCUGGGGCGCAUUCGGCUGUGGAAGGUACAGAGGCGGGGGUGCAAAACAUCGAUACGCAGAGACGAGUCUACGGGCAAACAGAAGAAAAUUUGCCAAGCAAUACUCCCCCGGGAGCUGAAUCAGCAGCAUGUGACACGUCACGCAACUCUCGCAUAAAGAACAGCCGCGGUACUUCUCAUAUUAACUCUCUGGCCCGGUCACGUAUGGAGCUCUCGAUUCAGUCAUACAUGUCAGUGGGCGCACAUCAGUUGGGAUCCUCUGGAAGUAGGCGGCGACGUGUGCAUGCUCAGGCGCAAGCGCACUCGGUAGUAAGAGGACUUGCAGUGUCCAGGUUACGCGAAGUGUAUUCUGAUAAGAGUCUCCAGGUUAGGGUAGACGUUCGCACGUUGCUAAACAAGGCCCAGCAAGCGAUGUAUCCAUCAGUGUUUAAUAAGGCCUUGACUGAGCUGAAGCAUCUGCUGACGGCACAGGGCGCAACAGGAUGGGUAGCACUAGAGACAGAGCUGUUAUCUUCUUGGCUCUCCUCAGCACGGGUGGCCGCUCGUACCGUUUGUAACGGACAAGCAUCCUCACCAGUUCCGGUCAAGACACACACCAAGCACAGGGAACCGAAAACUCACACGCCUUCAUCCACGGAAAACGGCGGGACACUGGGAGAACGUGGACCCGGAGUACUGUCCCCCAGACGCACGCGAAGUUGCAGGAAGAACCGCGUGACGUCGAGUAGCGUUGAGGAUUCUUCUGCGCAACGGCGUGCUCACGAAUCCGAUUCCGAGGAUGAAAUGAGGCUCGACGUCGAGCCGGAGACGGUAGCUGAACAAGUAUGCGGCUGCAGCCAGGACUGGUGCGCGUGUGCGGUGCUGCGAGAUGUAUCAGUGGACGAUGCGUGGUUGGCGAAAGAGCCUGUGUCAGAGACAGACGACAGGCUCGCACGGCUAGCCACACACUUAAGCGAGUACUAUCAGGCGUCCUUCGGUGAAAUCGAACGUGUUAACAUGGAUGAGGAUUAUGAUACUAUUACCGUGGGUGACAAUAGAACUUCGGAUGUAGCCCUCGCGAGUGAGAUAGUAAGCGCAUUGGUUGCUGACGUCCCAACGCAUAGCUACUCAGAGCGAGUGAGCUCACAGAAUGGUGAGCAGCAAGUGGAAGCGGAUAAACUUCAGACUAACGACCAAAACGAAAAUUCACCAAACAACCCGCGCAAAGGUUGCUUUACAAGCGAUUGGAUGCAUGGUCUACUAGCUUCUCUGGCGGAGCACGUGCACACCCAAGCCGUUCACGCCAGCAGAGGUCUCUCGAUUCCUGAGAGUCCGACAGGUGGCCCACAUACAUCGACGCGUAAUGCACAAGGUGUACAACGCGAUGAAGAAACGGUACAGGCAUCAGACGUGGUGGAUAGCGAUGCAGAGGCACUGGAGGAUCUAACGGAUCUGCACACAUCAGCAGCGCUGAGCAGCUUGUAUACAGUGCUUAGCGUAACGGACGCGGUCUCCCCCCAGCCUGCCUACACCCUGUGCAGCGACUUGGUUAUGUCCACGCGUGUACAUCCGAGUGUGUGCGCUGUUUUGUUCACGUAUAUAUCACGUGCAGUGCCUUCGUUGCUACGAGUGGAACAGAGCACACAAAAGAGCAAUGCUUCAGUUGAGAAAGAUAUGAAUGGUACGGUGGAUGCUGCAGAUGUGAUCGUAGUAGACCUGAACGAUCAAACCAUAGUGUCUACCACACUACAAUGUGCGCUCUCCACACGCUUGGCCGACACUGGAUUUGGUACGGGCGACUCGACGGGCCAAACCGUCAAGGAAAGGGCGGCUGCCAAUGAUAAGCACAAAAACGGGAUCCGAGCAGACCAUGCAGGCACACCUGAGCAGGCCUCGCGUUUGUCGGUUGGAAAGCUUAAGCAUAUAUUUGCGCAUUCUAGAUUGGCGCAUAUGCGGUUGGUAACACACCGUGGGUGGCUGGACAUCCGAAGCGCCGCGCAGAUGACAGAGGAAUGCGUGGAGUGGUGUAUGGCACAUCUCGGGGUAUGCGAGGAUAGCAACCCGCGUGGGGAAAGUUCAGUCGAGGGAGAAGCCACUGAAAACCGCAUAUUCUUUAACCAAGUAUACAACGCCGGUAACGAUUCGCCGCUCGUGGUAUUCGACGAUCCAAUGAUGGUGGCCGGCCCACUUUUCCUGCUCCGGGUACUCUUCAAAACGAUUGCGGAUGCAAAUAAUACGCAUGCAUAUCGGUACUUCUACGAGAACGUGGCUCGUGUUUGUGUGGACUCAUACUCCCAAUAUCGCGCUGCACGUCUAGGGCCGGGUGUCGGUGUUGCAGCUAUUCUUAUCCUGGGUGUCGGCGGGGCGACAUUCCGUGCUAAGUGCCUCAGUGCGAAGGAUCGUAAGAUGAGACAGGUACUUCUCGAUCUGCUAAGUACAGUGAUUCAUCUCAACGAUCCAGAUCCGGUCGAUGUACUAGCUGAUACUGCAGUGCUCUGCGGAGGUACGUGA